AUGUUUUUCUCUCUCCGAAAUCACCCCGAGUGGCAGAGGGAUUGUGGGAUCAGGGCUCCAUCUGACCCUCUGGUGUUAGCCCUGGAGAAAGAGAAUAAGACUAAGAGAAGAGGGCUUAAACGGUGUUGUUCAGCAUGUAGCAUAGGGCAAAGAUGUACAAAAUCAGACAAGGUUUACCAAACUGUGGCCCAGGAACAAGACCUGGUAGAUGAUUUGCUUAAGCCUCGCCACAUAAGACAAGAAAGGGAUGAGGAGGAGGAUGCAGACUCAGAGGGUGCAGACACUUUGCCGAUUGCACACCGGACUAGACAACAGACACACAUAUUACAGGCACCCCUGCGUGAGGCAGUGGGAUCAGAGGGAGGAGUGGUAUUAGUUAAAGUUCCCUUCUCCACAAUUGAUUUGGAAGCAUGGGAAAAGAUUGCUAAAAACUAUCGCAGUGAUCCAGUUAACACAGCCAAACGUCUGCGAUAUAUAAUAAAACAACACAAUCCAGAUUGGAGCGAUAUGCAAUUAUUAUUGGAUGCACUGACUGAGACAGAAAAACAAUUAAUCAUAAAAACGGCAGGGGAUCUGGCAGAGGAUUAUUAUAAAACCCAACAGCUGGAUGUGAAAGAUUAUUUCCCACUCCAAAACCCACAGUGGGAUCCAAACAGAACAGCAGAAUUGAAAAAAUUGGAAAGCUAUCAGGAGUGGAUCGCAAAAGGGAUGGAAAGAGCCAUUCCCAAAACGAUAAAUUGGUCAGCCUUAUAUGCAAUCAAACAGGGGCCCUCUGAGUCGCCAUCUGAAUUCCUUGAGAAAUUAAGAGAUGCUAUGCGUCGUCACACAUCGCUGGACCCUGGGUCUGAAGUAGGGAUACAGCAGCUAGUUAAUCUAUUCCUAGGGCAGUCUACAGGUGACAUAAGGCGUAAACUUCAAAAGCUUCGAGGAACAGAUGGGAGGAACUUAGAGACUUUGUUAGAUGAGGCGUGGAGAGUCUUUAGUAACCGGGAAGAAGGAUAUAAACAAGGAAUGAGGAAGCUUGUAGCUGUUGUAAGUGAAAGAGAGAAGGGAAAAUGUGGGCAGAGACCACCUAGGCAAGGCCCGUCCCGGCUGGGCAGAGACCAGUGUGCGAUCUGUAAGAAAUAUGGUCACUGGAAAAAUCAAUGCCCAGAACAAAGGCGGGGUGGCUUUCGGGACAAGGGAAACCGAGAGAAAGGAAAGACAGAGGGGGAAAUUAGCGAAGAAAUAAUGAAUCAAGUGUUUCCUGGAGUAUGGGCCUCCAAUGUACCAGGGAGAGCGAAAAAUGCACUUCCUAUAGUAAUCAAACUUAAGGAAGGGAAACAACCCGUUAGAAUUAAACAGUACCCCCUGAAAAAGGAAGAUAGGGAAGGAAUUAGUCCCGUAAUUGAAAACUUUUUGCAAUUAGGGCUGUUAAAGGAGUGCCAGUCUGAGUUCAACACUCCCAUUUUGCCAGUCCGGAAACAUGAUGGAUCAUACCGGAUAGUACAGGAUUUAAGGGCUGUUAACAAAAUAACUGAGGACCUCUAUCCUGUGGUAGCAAAUCCAUACACUCUGUUAACAUGCCUGACACCUGAGCUAACUUGGUUUACUGUUUUAGACUUGAAAGAUGCCUUCUUUUGCCUCCCUAUCCAUGAGGACAGCCAGAAAAUUUUUGCAUUUGAAUGGGAAAACCCCAAAAGCGGGCGCAAAUCCCAGCUCACAUGGUCAGUUCUACCUCAAGGUUUCAAGAACUCUCCCACUCUGUUUGGGGAGCAACUUGCCAAAGAUUUGGAAUCCUGGGAGGCUCCCCCGGAAGAGGGAAAGUUACUGCAGUACGUGGACGACAUCCUCAUAGCUACCCGGACGAAAGAGGCAUGUGUAGCCUGGACAGUAAGUCUUCUAAAUUUCCUGGGACUACAGGGGUACAGGGUAUCAAAGAAAAAGGCCCAGGUUGUGAAGCAAAAGGUAAUCUACCUGGGUUAUGAAAUCAGUGCGGGACAGCGGACCCUAGGGCAAGAUCGCAAAGAAGCGAUAUGCCAAACCCCGAGGCCUCAAACGGUAAAGGAACUGCGGACAUUCUUAGGAAUGACGGGAUGGUGUAGGCUCUGGAUACACAGCUAUGGGUUGCUCGUGAAACCUCUGUAUGCGCUCAUUACAAAUGGGAACAGAAACCUCCAGUGGACAAAAGAGGCCACGCAAGCCUUUCAUCAGCUGAAGAAUGCUCUAAUGUCAGCCCCGGCUCUUGGACUCCCGAAUGUAAGUAAACCGUUUUUCCUGUUCUCCCAUGAAAAGCAGGGAAUCGCCCUGGGGAUACUGGCCCAGGACCUGGGUCCAUACCGGAGAGCAGUUGCUUACUUUUCCAAGCAACUAGACACAACAGCCAAGGGAUGGCCGGGAUGCCUCAGAGCUGUUGCAGCCGUGGUGCUGAAUAUUCAAGAGGCACGCAAAUUCACUCUGGGCCAGAAAAUGACCGUAUUUGUGUCUCACACAGUGUCUGCAGUCUUGGAAGUAAAGGGCGGGCACUGGCUUUCCCCACAAAGGUUCCUGAAAUAUCAAGCCAUCAUGGUAGAACAAGACGAUGUAGAGAUAGUUGUAACUAACAUUAUCAACCCAGCUUCUUUCCUCAGUGGGAAUCAAGGGGAGCCAGUACACCACGACUGCCUGGAGACCAUCGAAGCCUCCUACUCCAGCCGCCCGGAUCUGAAGGACACCCCUUUGGAUGAUGCAGAAACCUGGUUCACUGAUGGGAGCAGCUACGUCAUCAGUGGAAAGCGACAUGCUGGGUAUGCAGUAACCACCUGCAGAAAGGUAAUAGAAUCUGGACCCUUACCAACAGAUACCUCUGCACAAAAGGCUGAGAUAAUCGCUCUAACCCGUGCUCUAGAGAUCGCGAAAGGAAAGAAAGUAAACAUUUAUACAGACUCAAGAUAUGCAUUUGGGGUUGUACACGCACACGGAGCCAUUUGGAAAGAAAGGGGACUGUUAAACUCACAAGGGAAAAACAUCAAGCAUUCUCAGGAAAUAUUGCGGCUACUGGAAGCAGUCCAGCUACCUGAGCAGGUAGCAAUUAUGCACAUCAAGGCACACCAGAAGGUGAGCUCUGAAUUGGAGGAAGGAAACGAGCUGGCGGACAGAGAGGCAAAAGAAGCAGCAAAAGGUGAGAUAACGAUCGAGGGAGCCUUAAUUCCUGAUGGACAGGUCUCCCUGGAAGGUAAGCCAGUAUAUACCAGAAAAGAUAGAAAAUUAAUUCAGGAUCAAGGAGGAAAGUAUAACCAAGAGGGAUGGGCUAUUACUGCAGGUGGGAUAAUAGUCAUCCCUUCUCAUUUGUUAUGGUCUCUAGUAAGGGAGGAACACCAGAAAACACACUGGGGAAUAGAAGCCCUGUAUAACUAUCUAAUUGAAAAGAUUACUGCCAGGAAUUUAUAUUCUACUGUCAUUCAGUGGGAAGGACCGUUCCAGGUGCUUCUCACCACCUUCACUGCAGUUAAAAUCAAGGAACAGAGCGCCUGGAUUCACCAUUCUCGAGUGAAGAAGGCUCCAGAAACUCCUUGGAAAGUAACCCCGGGUGACAAUGAACUGAAAUUAAAACUUACUCGGGCAUAA